UUAAGCGUCUACCAGCAGAGAAGAGUGUAAACAAAGUGAGCGAUGGCUGUUAAACAAACGUGACAUUAUCGUGGAACAGGUAAACCGUUUCCAAUGAGACAGAGGUGGUUUGAGGUUUUGAACCUUUGUUCUAACUCACGUCUGGCUGAAGUGUUGCAUUUGCAAAAGAGGCUGACUUCAUAGCACAAGGAAAAGCCAUUUCUUUUCAAGGUUGCAUGGACAGAUGUAAAUUUGAUUUAAAACGACGUAUUUUGGCCGGUAUCGUGUCGAGCGCAGGGGAAGCAAAUUAUUACGGCGUUAUAUAACAGAAAGAUGGAAGAUGAGGGGUCUGUUUCUCCCAUGUUACACCUGGAUCUGUAUAAUUUUGACUCUUCCGAAGCGGAGAGGAGCAGGUACGUCCUGACAAGCCCAAGAUCUCUGGAGGCGUGUGCUAGGAUAGGAUUGAAACCUGUAGAACUUUUGCACAAACCCUUGUCAGAGUUUGUGGAUGAAAACCCAGACACCCCGCUGAGAACAGUCACUGAACUCUAUGAAUUGCAUGAAAAGGAACGUAGGAGACAAUUACGCGAUUGCAGAGAGGAGAGACUGAAAAUCAUAGAGGAGGAAAAGGAAGGUAGAACCCCUAUACCAACCAGAGUGCCAGUGUCAGUCAUUCAGAAAAACACAGCGCUGGUUUCAGAGACCAAAGAAGAAGGUAAAGUUCACAACAGUUCUGAAUCACUUGGGAUAAACAGGUCUUCAGAAUGGACAAGAAACAGUAACAAGAAGUCAGAAGCUAGCAAGAAGUCACCCUCCUCAGAUUAUAAAGCACAAAAGCUGGCCAAAGUGGAAUUGAAAAACACAGGUGUUCAGGGCUAUGUAGGCACUAGCUUGAGCCUGGGGGAUCUGAGCCAUUACCCUGCCACUGAGAAGAAACUACAGAAACUUUUGAUAGCCGUCAGGAGGGAAACCUGCGUAUCUGUCCCCGAGAGGGACAGAAAAAUUGCCGCUUUGAUGCUUGCCAAGCAUGAAGAGAAGAAAUCACGGCAGCAGCUGAGACUAAGAGCUGAGCAGCUCUGGGAGGAGGGAAAGAGGAAGGAGAGGCUGCAGAAGGCGAGGGCGGAGAGGGAGAGGAGGCAGCAGCUGGGUCGCAGUGUGGAGCGCUGGCAGCGGGAGCUGGAGGCGCGGAAGAGCCAGGUGCAGCUUAAGGAGGCACUGCUGGCAGAGGAGAGAGAGAGAGCAGCCGCCCUGCACCGGGACAAGUGGCACAGGCUGGCAGCGGAGCAGGAGGCCAGGAGGCAGGAGAAGAUCGAGAGAGCCAGGUAUGAAGCGGACUGCAAAAAACGCUACCAGGAGCAGCUGCUGAGGGAGAAGGAGCAGGACGAGGAGGCAGUCAGGGUGAAGCAGUGCCAGGAGGCGCAGGAGAAAAUCUUCCGGGCCUCCCAAUGCAAGCUGCUGAAGGAGAUGAAGGAGAGGGAGAAGAUCCAGCAGGAGAACCGGCAUGAGAAGCUGAAGCACCUGCUCCUCAAGAGGGAGGUGGAGGAGCAGGCCAAAGCAGAGGAGCUCCACAAGAGGACUGCCCUGGAGAAGAAACUGCAGAAAUCCCAGGAGAAGCAGAAGCAGGUGCUGGAGGAACGCAGCAGACAGCUCACGGAGAGGUGCACCAGGGAGCAGGAGCAGGUCAUCCUGGCCAGAAUCCGGGCGGAGAAUCGUGAGCAGGAACAGCAGAGGCACAGGGAGGCGCUGGCCCAGCUCACCCACAGGAAGAUCCAGCAGGCCGGCGAGUCCGUGGGGGAGAAGGUGCGCCGCAAAGCGCAGGAAGCCAGGAGGGUCAACGCUGAGAAAAAGCGGUCCCACCAGCUGCUGAUGCAGAAGGUGGAAGAGGAGGAGGAGUGGCACCGGCGGGGGGUGCAGGAGGGCAUCCACAAGAAGAACAGGAAGAGCGAGCGGAUCCUGCAGGAGAAGAAAGCCGUCAUCGAGGAGUCCCGUAAGGUGGCCCGUGCCUCCCUCCAAGUGAGGGAGAGUGUGAGGGAGCAGAUUAACAGCCGCUCAUUCGACCAGAUGGCACUCGAGGCCCAGCUCAGAGCCAGCCUGACCAAAAUUAAACUCUAGCACUGUGGAGGACACCUUCACAACCAGCACACCAAGCUUUGACCUCCUGUUUUUGUAUCUGUGAACUUCCUUGGGCAGCUGAAAAGGAGACUGCUUGCUGUUUUCUAACAUACAAAAUGUGGUUUAUGAAACUAAUUGAAGGUGUGCCCCUUCUCUGUAUAGUGACUCUAACAGAGUAAUGCCACAGGCACAGCAUCAUACUUAGCCUCCCUAUCGUCUCUAUUUUCUAAUCUAGUGAAAGUGUUUGAAUGUUGCCAGCUUUGGAGUAUAAAGGGAUGUUUUGCUUUUUAUGUUCAUCCCUCCCUCCCUUUUACCAACAGUGUUUGACUCGCCCAACACAAACUCUUAUAAAACAUAGAUUCAGAAUACCACAAGGGUAAUAGAAGGCUUUCUGUUUUCUGUCAGUACUGAAGGAACAGGUUGCAGGUUGACAUGUUCACGAACACACUAAAUUGUGAAGCCUGCAUAUAUUAACAGUAUGUAUUAUUUCUUAUAAUGCUGUGUAAAUAACCUUGAUUAACCUGUACGGGCAUGUCGUUUAAGGCUCACGGUUUCUACUUAAAAUCUUGAAUUAUGUCUUUUAUAAUAGUGUUUUUUUUUUUUUUCUGAAUCUUAUCACUUGAACACUGAUUUCCAAAGCUCUACAGUAAAACUUCUAAACCCAAACUAAUUGGGACCAGGGGGUGUUCGGAUAAUCUAAUUGUUCUGAUAAUCAAGUAAAUGUUUUACAUGAUAUGAAAAAUAUAUAAUUCACCCUUUUACCUGUAAAUAUAUAACCUAUAGAACUGCACUGUUCUGUAAUUACCUGAAAUUCAGGGCUGCAUAGCACAUUUCCUUUGCAGGGCAGAAGAGGACAGCACACAAGACAGGUUCAGUUCAGAUAAUAGAGGUGUUUUGGAUAAUCAGGGUUCUAAAGGCUUACUGUACUAGUGUGCAGAGACUUUUCCACAUGACCUGUGGCUUGCAUGAACAAUGACGUUUAAUCAAGUUGAUAUUUGAAUAUGUUUUUCACUGAGUCCCAUGUCUUCAAAACCAAUAAACCAUGACAUGGCUGACAUUCUGUUUUCUAAUGGACAGUGUCAGGUUCCACUGACACUGCUCUGAGGAGGUUGACUGGCAUGAAAGCCCAGUUCUGGGCCUCCCACUUACAAAACCGGAUGGCUUGACAUACCCCUUACUUACACUGGCGACUUCAAUGAUUGGAUGCUUGUUCAUAGCUCUUGUUUGUAGGAUCAUGAUUGAUGGCUCUGAAAUAUGUAUCUUUAACAUUGCUAAAAUAGAUGCCGAUUUGAAAAUGCAGCCAAGCUGAUAUGUUAACAUGUUGUAUUGGUAAUGAUGAAAUCCUAAAAUAAUUCUAUACACUUUUCAAAGAAUUGGAAAUGUGAAGACACGUUUGUGCUCGAACUUGGUUGUUCACUGUGUGCUUUAGUACCACCUUUUUUUUUUUGGUAAGAAACUUUUGGCCUUAUUUAACUGUAAUUAACCAUCUCGAUUCUUUAUUUCUAGUUUCCCUUCCUUAACACCUUGUCUAGUGUAAAACUCUAAUUGUCAUUGACAGCAUUAGGGCAUGAUGGGCAGUCACUAUGUUAAUUGCUAUUCUACUCAUGCACUUUUAGCUCCGUGCCUGCACAGACCUAUAUUAAACUCUGAUCCCAAACAACACUGCAUGCAAGCAGAAACUAGUGUUUCACUUUUAAGCUUCCUACAACUUAACCUGGGGUAUGAGUAGCAGCUAUUAAACAACAGUCCUCUUGCAUUAGAAUCUGCAGUCUUUUAUAGUACAUUGUGGGUAUGUUUUUAUCAUGUCCUGCUUCAGCGUUAUUGAAGGGAGCAAAGCUUACUGACAUUUACUGCUCCUAAUAGGGUGGGAGGAGCUAGAGUAGUAUAAAAGCAGUGUUCUCGGUUUCAUUUCUGACAGGUAUUGGUGCUAAAGACAAAGAGGUGUUUCUGUUUGAGAUUAAGGUGUUUCAGUUUUAGACAGCAAGUCCUGGUGAACCACACAAGAUUUUCUGUAUGUAAAAUAAUCUAGUAGACUCUGACCACUUCAACUGGACCGCAUAUGCUGAGUGUCUGUGUCACUUUGAUUGAGUAAAUGUUUGUGUGGAUGUUUUACUGUAGUAUCUAGGUAUGAUACCCUGUUUUUAAAG